AUGGAAAAAAAGUUGGAAAAAGCCAGAGUAAUCUAUCAAGAAUCCAUGAGAGAAAAGGAUGCACGCGAGGAAAAGGAACGAUCAAGAAUGAUUGCCACUAGGCCUCCUAGAAAUGAAGAGGAAUACGAGCCGAUUGAAAUUUCAAUCGACUAUGACGACGACGAUAUGAACGAACAGCUAGACAGUGAAGAUGAGGAAUUUAGGAAUGCUUGGGCUGAAGUUGAAAAUGAAUGUCUAGAAGAAGUGAUCGCUUCGACGAGCUCACUAAUGGCCGAGAUCGAGGAAGAACAGAAGAAACUUCAACAAAUUCAGAAUGAGACCGAUGCUCAGAUGAAUCUUUCAUCGUUAAGUCUCAACGGCGCAAAUGUCUAUCCACCAACUUUGUCGGCAAAAGAAAAGGCGGAAAUUGAUGGCCGUUCCGUCUACGUUGGAAAUGUUGAUUAUGGAUGCACAGGAGAAGAGCUCCAGAAGCAUUUUCAUGGAUCUGGCUCAGUUUCACGCGUGACGAUUCUCUGCGACAAGCAUACAGGACAUCCCAAGGGCUUUGCUUAUGUUGAAUUCACCGAUCCGGAAGGCAUGCGAAACGCAAUGGCUAUGGAUGAAUCGCUGCUUCGAGGUCGCCAGAUCAAGGUCUGCGAGAAGAGAACGAACAAGCCUGGAAUUUCAACGACAAAUCGCCCUCCACGUUUCAGGGGUGGCCCAAGAGGUCGAGGAGGAGCAGCGGGCGGCAUGUUUGUCAAGUAUGUGCCUGUUGGAUUUGGUCGCCCACGUGGUCGCGGUUUGCGAAGACGCCCACACUUCAGCAACUAUGCU